AUGUCAGAAUUACAGUGUUUGGUAUGUUAUAAUGAACCUAAACAACCCGUUAUCACACAAUGUGGUCAUACUUUUUGUUGGAAGUGUAUUAAAGGUAAGGUGCCUGGAAAUUGUCCGUUUUGUAGUAAUCCAAUAACAUUAGAUUCAUUAGUUUCAAUCUUUAAUGAAGAGGGCACAAAUGCUCCAAUUAAAAAUGAAGUGAAUAGUUCUAAUAAAGAUCUAGACGAUGAAAAUAAUAACCAACGACCAGCCCAACAUUAUGAGGCAAGUAAUGAAACGUUUUCAAACAAUUUUUUAAGUUUAUUCAAUCAUGAUAUAGGUCCAGGUAUGACAGCUGAACAAGAAAGACAACUAUUCACUAUUCCAAGGUGGUUUAGUGUUGGAAUUGUAUUUAUUGUAUUCACUUUUAUAGUUAUUCUAUGGGUGCAAUAA